UUGCUGCACUUCGCACGUUGUUUUUUAUAUCUUAUAUUAAGGUUUAAUAAAAAUCAUAGUAAAAACUACAUAAAAUAAAAUGGACAAACAAGAAGCAGUAUCAUAUGCAGCCAUGCUCAAAGACAUAGUAAAUUUUAUGAAUCCUUUGGAGAGAGAAGAUUUGAUAUCAAUAUCGCUUACACAUGUGCUCUCUUUGAGUGGUUCAAUUGAUGGCAAAAAGGCUAUAUUGCAACAUGAUGAAGUAUUGGUGGCCGUAUUUAAUCUCGUUGACCACAAAUUCAAUGAAAUAGCCAAAUAUGCUGCAUUAACGCUCAUUAACCUAACCGCAGAAGAAGAAGACGCCCUAAAGGUGUUUGAAAUCGCGAAAUCACUGAAUCCGGCUUUCCCUUUGAUAGCAACUGCAAUUAAGGAAGUGGUCGAUGAGAAUUCAAAGACAGCCGAUCCCUGGACAAUGGUGCUAAGCAAUUUAACACGUAGUGAGAAACUAGUUGAAGACAUAAUUGUUGAAUUGGAAAAGGACAGUACAACGGUACCAAAAUUACUUGAAGCUUUUACAAAACUGGAUUAUAACAAACAAAAUAUGAAACUGCAUUAUUUGGCUGCUAUAUUUUGUAAUUUGACACAAACUGCUAGAGGUCGCGAAAUUGCUUGUGAAGACAAAUAUAAUUUCCUCGAAAAGAUAUUACCGUUCGCUUCGUAUGAAGAAAAUAUUGUUCGUCGUGGCGGCACAAUAGGUAUUUUAAAAAAUAUUUGCUUCGAUCCGGUCUACCAUAAUAUUAUAUUAAACGAAAAGGACGACAUACUGCAUACGAUAUUAUAUCCACUGUGCGGACCUGAAGAGUUCACAGAUGAAGAAAAUGAUAAACUACCUCUGGAACUACAGUAUUUACCUGAAACGAAAACACGCGAGGAAGAUCCUGAUUUGCGCAAAAUGCUUUUAGAGUCACUGCUGCAGUUAUGUGCCACGAAGCGUUAUCGCGAAGUUUUGCGUUCUAAAGGUGUCUACGAAAUAUUGCGCGAAUACCACAAAUGGGAAGCGAAGUUUGGCAAAGAUGCCGAGUGUCUUUUGGCAUGUGAAAACGUCGUUGAUAUUCUAAUCAAGAAAGAGGAGGAAAUCGGUUUAGAUAACUAUAAAGACGUGCAAGUACCCACUGAUGUUGCGGAAAAAUUUGUAAAAGAAGAUAAUGAAUAUAUGGAGAAUCUUUUAUAAUUUACAUUAAAACAGAGUGCAUAUAAUAUAAUAUUAUGUAACACUAAGGAA